AUGCCUAAGAUCAAGAUUAAGAGCUCCAGGGCUUCAGAAACUCUACCAAAUGAGCCUCAGCCGAAAAGACCGAAAAACAAGCAAUCAAAAAGCAGCAACGAGGGCGGUACAUCAAGUAAUACAUCUAAUGGUCCAUUGAAGGUGAAGCUGAAACAGAAGGCAGAUGUUAAAAAAGAUUCUGAAAGGGAGGGAUCGCAGCCCAUGAAAUUAAAAAUCAAUUUGAACCACAGAGAAGAUUCGAAUUCUGCGAGUUCAGCGACUCCAAAAGCGCCUAGAUUUAGAAUAAAACCUGUAAGAGUACCGGGGGAAGGGUACGAUUCGGAGGCUUCUGACAUCGAAGACGACCCACUGAUUGAGGAUGGUAUCGUGCUUCGAGUGCUACCUGAUGUCCAAACAGAGUUUGUAAAGAAUUGCACGGAAAGUGGUGAUUUUUCCGGUAUAAGCUUGAAAUGGAAGGGCGAAAGACACGCAGUGGUCAAGAUUAAUGGCCAUAUGUACGGUGCGGUUCUUGUCAAUUUGCCCACGGUCAUUGAAGUAAACAAAAGUGUCGAUCGGAAAAAUCUCAUAAAGGCGUUCGACGUAUCGCAAAUGCUCUUGUGCGUCAAGCCUAUUGAACACGAUGAGGAAGUCUUUUCAGUCAUAGCACCGGACGCAGAGGAUCUGGUUGUGAAGCAUUAUAAUGAAUACAAAACGGAGAUUGAAGAAUGCAAGAAACUGGCAUUUCAUGGAUUUAAUGGUGGUCCGUUGACAGACACCGAGGCUAGUCAUCUGGAGGAAAUAGUCAAAAAGGGAUAUGAUUACAAGCACGGAAUUACUCCACCACUGUAUAAUGUCCGCAACCGAAGGUUUCGUCGUCGGCUCGCGAUACAGGAAGUCGACUACGUGGAGAAAACAGUCGAGUACUUGCUACGACAAGAUCAGGAGGUAGAGGGCUUUACUUAUGAUCUGAUUGACGAGGAUUCUUUGCAGCAACAAAGAGCAAGCUCUAAUGAUGUACCGUCGCAAUCUUCUGUGAACGACGGGUUCGAUUUGUUUGGCGAAGAUGACCACGAAGAUUUGGAAUUGGAGCUAGAACAAGCGCUGCAAGAAGAUCGCCAAGGCGUUGAACAAAUGACCGCCGAUAUGCGUAAACAAGCCGUCGAGGAAACGGGAGACGACGUUGAACAAGAUAACGGGGAGGAUGAAGAGGAAGAAGAUGAAGAGGAAGAGGACGAAGAGGAAGAAGAAGACGGUGAGGAAGAAGAACCCGAGGGAGGACUUGAUAUGGUAGCAAACGUUGCGAAACCAACGGUGGACGAAAGCCUUCAACACACGGAACUUCUAAGAGACGAAUUGGAGGAGCUUGAGACUACUUUACAACAGAAUAGACAAAAGCUAGAAAAGGCAACAAACCCACUUCUAAAGUCAAGAUUCAUUGACAGUAUAAAGAAAAUGGAGAAGGAAGCAGAGCUCAAGAGGAAACAACUGAAGCUCAGCGGUGAAUCCACCUCCAGUAACUCUCAGAGCGCGGCUCCUGACGAGAUUGAAAAUGAGGACGAUGAUGACGACGACGAUGACGAGGAAGCCGAAGAUGACGAAGACGACGAUGAAGACGACGAGGAGGUUUCGAACGUUGCGAACACCACAAAUAACAAUGGCGACGAGCAGAAACCAGCCGAGGAGCUCGAUCAGGAUGACAUGGACAUGAUGAUGCUGUUUGGCGGUGAGGGUGAUGAGUGA